AUGGGCAUCCGUGGUGGCCGGCGGCCCGCCGCGCGUGAUAUCCAGUGGGGGCUCGAGAAAGGCUGUUUCAAUUCGACUGAUCUGGUCAAGGCAUACUUCGCGCGAAUUUUCGAGGUCAAUGGGCGCCUUCGCGCUGUGACAGAGGACAACCCAGACGCUCUCAGCAUCGCAGCAUCUCUCGACAAAGAGAGACUGACAAAGGGGCCUAGAGGCCCCUUGCACGGCGUUCCUAUUCUACUCAAGAACAACAUUGCCACCAAAGACAAGAUGAACAACACAGCCGGGUCGUAUGCCUUACUAGGAGCGACGGUCCCUCGCGACUCAACAAUUGCCAGGAAGCUCCGAGAUGCCGGCGCAAUAAUCCUCGGCAAGUCGAACAUGAGUCAGUGGUCCAACUGGCGCUCCCGCAACUUCUCCAACGGAUGGUCCUCCCACGGGGGGCAAACUUUGGGCGCGUACUACCAAAACCAAGAUCCAGAGGGAAGCUCAAGCGGCAGCGCAGUGGCCGUGAGCGUAGGCUUGGCCGCAGCCGCCAUUGGCACCGAGACCCUUGGCUCGGUCCUAGCUCCGGCAAAUAGAAACGGCAUCGUAGGUAUCAAGACGACGCUGGGGCUUACCUCGAGAGAUCUCAUCAUCCCCAUCUCGGAGCACAUGGACACGGUUGGGCCGAUGGCACGGACCGUAGAAGACGCGGCACAGGUCCUUCAAGCCAUCGUGGGCGAGGACCCACAUGACAGGUUCACUUCAACAACAAUGCCCACGAUCCCAAAGUACACAGACGCUUGUCGGCUGCGGAAUCUUGCCGAUAUGCGAAUUGGUAUCCCAUGGGACCUCAUCAAAGGUUUGGAGGAAGACUUUGUCUCCAGCGAGCUACAAGCUUUCUUCAAAAUGCUGGCCAUCUUGGAAGAAGCUGGAGCUCAGAUAGUGGACACGACUAUCCCAAAGGCGACGGAGAUUAUGCAGGCGCAAAUUUUGGUGCCGUUUGCUGACUUCGCAGCCAAUCUUGCCUCCUACCUCUCCCAGCUGACCACCAACCCAAACAAUAUUACCACACUUCCCCAGUUGCGCGAGUGGACGCACUCCCAACCUCUAGAGGAAUAUCCAGGCCGUGACAUUUAUUACUGGGACGCAGCUCUGCAGCUGCACGCAGAUAAGUGCGGUAGCAAUACCCACUGCUAUGCGAGCAACAAGGCUAGGUACGGCCAUCUUGUCGUCGUCGGAGGCCACUUUGCGCCCCUGGAGGCAGACAAGCUCACGGCUCUGGCCCUGCCAACGUCCAUUGCGCCUUUUUGGACCGGCGUGACGGGGGCGGCCUCGAUAACGUUGCCCAUGGGCUACUACCCAGAGGAUGCGCCGGUGCAACUGUCUCGUCGAGGCGACCUGGUGAACACUGCGCCUGGGAUACCGAUGGGCAUCAGCUUCCUGGGGCGGAAGUGGUCGGAGUAUGAGCUCAUAGAGCUGGCCUACAAUUUGGAAGCACGCUCGAGAGGCCUGCCGAGCCCGAUAGUUGACCACUAG